AUGUUUCGCCGAUUUUUGGAAAAAUCAACGGCUAUGAAUUCAAAUCCGAUAGAUAACAGUGAAGAACAGUAUUGUUUGAUUCGAUGGUCAGAUAAGAAAAAUUUUGAAAUUGUACCUCAAAAACAGAUUAAAGCUCCAUCGACAUCAAUUACUCUCUAUGAAACAUAUAAUAUCAAUAUAGAUGGAAAAGAUCGAAAAGGAACUGUCAUCUUAAAAGAAACAGAGCAAUCAAAAAUGUCAAAUAAUGAACAAUUUCAAACUGCUUCCUCAACUGCAUCCGAUAUUCUAGCCGAUGUAAAAGAAGAAUCGAAUAAUAAUAAUAAAAAUGAACAAGACGAAGCAACCAUUCGAAAUGCUGUACUUAUGAAAAUUUUACAAUUAGUUAUUGCAGGCAAUUCUUCAAAUGAUAAUGACAAUAGUGAAUUUCAUAAAGUACGUUGUGCAGCAUGUAGUACUUAUCCAAUUAGAAGUGAUAGAUAUAAAUGUUUAAAUUGUGAAAAAUUAAGUUUAUGUGCUCGAUGUUUUGAACGUCGUAGAGAAUCUGAAGAUCAUAAAAGUGGACAUGCAUUUGUUCAUUUUAAAUCACCUGGUGAAUUAUUUGGUCGAUCUAUAACAGAUGAUGAUGUAACAUUAGUUAAACUUAAAGAAUUUUAUGGUAAUGAUAUACAUGAAUCAAUAUCUUGUGAUGGAUGUAAAUCUCAAUCAAUUAAAGGUUUACGUUUCAAAUGUGAUACAUGUCCAAAUUAUGAUUUAUGUCAAACAUGUUUAGAAAAAAAGAUUACUACUCAAACACAUACAUCUAAUCAUCCACUUAUUGUUAUACCACGUCAAGCUAUUCAACAAAUUCCAGUAGAUGAUAUUGAACUUGGUGAUGAAUUAGGAAGUGGUGCAUUUGGUUCGGUAUAUAAAGCUAAAUGGAUAUCAAAAAAACGUUCUGUAGCAUGUAAAGUAAUUAAUGUACCAAGAUCAAAUGAUGCUGAUAGACUUGAAAAAAGUUUUUUAAAAGAAAUAGCUGCUUAUGCUGAACUUUCUGGUGCUUAUAUUCUUAAAACUUAUGGAUUUACAGCAUCUAGAUAUGGUCAAGGUAAAAGAUAUAUGCUUAUUAUGGAAUAUAUGUCACGUGGAAGUCUUUCAAAUCUUAUUCAAGAAAAAGGAGAUAAAAUAUCUUUACGACGAAAACUUGAUAUGGCAAUGAAUAUUGCUAGUGGAAUUCGAAAAAUACAUGAACAUCGAAUGAUUCAUAGAGAUAUUCGACCUGAUAAUAUACUUGUUAAUGAAAAUUAUAUUGCUAAAAUUGGUGAUAUGGGUAUAGCACGUGUUGCUGAUCCUUUAAAUCAACAUACACAAAUAGGAUGUGCACCAUAUAUGCCACCAGAAUUUUAUCGUGGUACAUAUGAUCAAAAACUUGAUAUAUUUACAUUUGGUUUAACAUUAAAUGAACUUUUUACAUCAAAAAAACAUAUAUUUCAAAUGUUAGCAAAUAAUAAAAUUGUUUUUCAAGAAGAAAGUCCAAUAUUUUCUGAUUUAAUUGCUCGAUGUACUGCUGAUGAUCCAAAACGACGUCCAACAGCAAUAGAAAUUGAAAAAACUCUUGAUUUAUAUAUAACUGGUUUUAAUGAAAUAAUACUUAAAAAACAUCCAAGUUAUAUAAAUUUAUCAACUGAAGAUAAAAAUGAAAUAUUUAUUGCUUUCUAUCAAAAAUUUCAUCCACCAGCAACUGAAUUUAUUCGAAAAAAAUUUCCAUCGGAAUUUCUUGAUAAUUCAGAAAAUGUACCAGGAGUUAAAGUUGAUAAAAAUGCUGGUAAUGAAAUUCGUAUCGAAUGUCCUAUGCAAUAA